AUGUUUAAAUCAAAAUGGGGUUCAAAUUCAGCUUCAACUUUUAGAUUCAAACCAAUAAUAAUAAUUACAUCCAUAAAGCCAGAAGCAAUACAAAUGAAAUAGAUCAACAAAGUUAAAUCUAUUGUUCUAGAUUCUCAAACUAAAACAGAUUCAGGUUCAAAUGAUCACCAAAUAUAUGUCAAUGAACUAAUUGAUCAUAAUCCUUGUUCAACUGAAUAUAAUUUGAGUGAAAAUGACUAUAAGACUCUAAAAUUAGCUAAUGCUCUUAUUAUUUCUAAUUUGUUUGAAAUGGUCUUCAUAGUUUUUGGCUGUACUAUCAUCUAUAUGACCAUCUCCUAUAAAUGGAGUUCAGAAUUUAGUGUUUCACUUCAACUCUUUAUCUUAUCUGACAUAAUAAUUGUUCUGGAAAAAGCAUUUUUCUUUUAUACCUUAAUCAACAAGAAUUAGAUGCUUAAAAUAUGUUUAUGUUUAAAUAUGAGCUCAAUGAUGUUGAAAUUGACAGCUUCAACGGUCCUUAGUGAUUUAACAUCCUGUCUAUUAUUAGUGACUUUUAUUUUGAUAUUUCUUUCAUUACCAAUUUACAUCUUAAACAAAGUACUAACAAGAAGGUGGAAAUGUAUUCCUGAGAAGGUGUGGAAGAGAUAAAUUAUUGGAGCCAGAAAAUAAGUGCUGUCUGUCUAUCAUUGA